AUGAGCAGCGGCAGCGCUGCCGCUGCUCGCGGAGAGGUCCGCGAAGCCUGGGCGCGCUGAUCUCAGCGCGCGCAGGCUCGGCAUGCCGGCAACUCUCCGCAAGCAGCGGCAGCGCUGCCGCUGCUCGCGGAGAGGUCCGCGAAGCCUGGGCGCGCUGAUCUCAGCGCGCGCAGGCUUCGGCAUGCCGGCAGCUCUCCGCAAGCAGCGGCAGCGCUGCCGCUGCUCGCGGAGAGGUCCGCGAAGCCUGGGCGCGCUGAUCUCAGCGCGCGCAGGCUUCGGCAUGCCGGCAACUCUCCGCAAGCAGCGGCAGCGCUGCCGCUGCUCGCGGAGAGGUCCGCGAAGCCUGGGCGCGCUGAUCUCAGCGCGCGCAGGCUUCGGCAUGCCGGCAACUCUCCGCAAGCAGCGGCAGCGCUGCCGCUGCUCGCGGAGAGGUCCGCGAGCCUGGGCGCGCUGAUCUCAGCGCGCGCAGGCUCGGCAUGCCGGCAACUCUCCGCAAGCAGCGGCAGCGCUGCCGCUGCUCGCGGAGAGGUCCGCGAGCCUGGGCGCGCUGAUCUCAGCGCGCGCAGGCUUCGGCAUGCCGGCAACUCUCCGCAAGCAGCGGCAGCGCUGCCGCUGCUCGCGGAGAGGUCCGCGAAGCCUGGGCGCGCUGAUCUCAGCGCGCGCAGGCUCGGCAUGCCGGCAACUCUCCGCAAGCAGCGGCAGCGCUGCCGCUGCUCGCGGAGAGGUCCGCGAGCCUGGGCGCGCUGA